UCAUAACACGACGUUUUGUUUGCAUCAGCACAAUCUUUCAGAGCUGUAAAUGAGAUGUGUUGCUCCAGAUGACCUCUGAUCAGCUUUUGUUUGUUGCUUGUUUACGUCCCAGUUAACUGUGUAAAAUACUUUCCAUAAUGAUCAGAAACGUUCAGAAAUGGUGUCAGGAUGUUUUAAUUUUGUCCGAUUUGAGGGGUAGGUUUAAAUAAUCAAGGUGGGACUUUCCAAAACCAAGCGAAGUUGAGCAAGAAGGAAACAGCUGCCAUGAAAGAAAUUUUAGAAGCAUUUGACAAGCCACAAAACAAAGCUAAAAUACAAGAAAUUGAACAAGAGGCUGGUAGUGAUUUGGUAAAGCUCCUUCAAGAACGACUGCCAUUUGCUGCAGAAAUUCAAAAAGAGGUGAUAAAGUGUCAUGGCUUCUCUGAUGAUGGAGAUCAAGGUUCUCUUACAUUCACUCAUGCCAUCAAGUUGUUUGAAAACGAGGAUGAAGAAAUUGCCAGCAUGGCAGCUGAUCUGAAAACAAAGUUCAUUCCUUCCCUUCCACACCCACCUCUUUUUGUUCCAAGGGAUGUCACAUAACAAACUUCAAACUUCUCAUCAUAAAAUAAUCCUUUACAGUAGAUAAAAAUUGGCUUGAUCAUCAGAAGAAAUAUCAUUGGGUCAAGGUGUUUUAUGUCUGUUGUAAGUUUAGGUAUGGUACGAGCCAGUUUUAUGAAAGAGAUUCAGUUUUAAAAUCCAAGCAUUUUUUAAUUUUAUGAAGUUCUUCAUAUUACCAAGAGUCUAUAGUUACCAUGUGUACUCAACAGGGUUAUUAAAGAAACAUUUGGUAUUAAGGCUUCACUGUCUAGAUGGCAUAAAGGCAACAACAACAA